AUGACUUACUGUAUCAGAAUCUUCCAACAUCAGACAAUCCUGUGCCCUGCACUGCAUGGGGAUCACUGGUGCCUUGUUGACAUUGAGAUGAAACAGAAGAGAAUGGUUUACCUUGACUCUUUGUAUAAUGGUGUUGGUGCCUUAACUGCGUUCAAAAGGUUCACUAAUUUUUUAGAGUGCGUGUUUGUCAGCCAAAGCAAAGUAAUUGACUGGAAAGAAUGGCAGUAUUAUGUAAUUCCAUCUACUGAAAUUGAACAACAAUCCAAUUCAGUUGACUGUGGUGUCUUUAUUGUGAAAUGGGCACAACAUAUUGCAGAGGGACGGCCACUGGACUUUUCACAGAAGCAAAUUAUUGACUUCAGAUAUUCCUUGAUCUUGGAUAUCGCCAAUGGUGGCCCCCUUUGCAACAUCUCCACAGAACCAGAUCAUCAUUCUGUGGAAUGUUAUGGUCUCUCCAAAGACAGUGUAAUAGACACCAAUUCCUCUUGCACAAGUCUGAAAGGAAAGGCACAAAAGACGCCUUACCCAUCAGAUUCGGAUUCUGACUUUGAAAGUCCUAAAAAACGACCCAAAAAAGAUCCUGAGUCAAAUUCUCAUAUUACACGCUGUAAUACAACAGCAAGCCACAUAGAUGACCACACAUAUGCCAAAGAUGCAGAUCAAGCUGAUUCUAGUAGAAGCCAUCAGAUUCCACAGUCUGUUCAAAAAGUAUUGCCAACUGGUUAUCAAUACAGCUGCCAUGAAUUCAGAGAAAUUCCAUCACAAAACUUUACAGGUGCACCUCAAGAAAACUUCUAUGUAAAAUUGUCUUUAAGUAACAUCACAACCAAGCAAGAUGUCGACCAGUGGCUGCAGCAAUUUACAACAUCUUCAAAUAUUAAAUACAAUGCACAGAGUGGUUACAAACGAAAGGGGAUAAAAGUCAUUUAUGCACGAUGGUACAUUUGUCAGUGUAAACGCAAGAAAUUAACAAAAAAGCAAGUGGCAGCAAAGGAGGCUGCACUGAAAAGAAAAGAAAAGAGGCACAGGACACACAAAGACAACAGUGACAAGGAAGGAUGCAAGUUGCACUUGCUAUCAAAAGCAAGGGAAAAGAAAACAGAUUGCGACAGCAAAUUGUUCAUUAGAAUUAACAGGAAAAAAAGUACCAGUAUGCCAUUUCUGUGUGAAAUAGAGCUUUGGUGGAACCACAAUCACAGUGUGGAUUGCUUUCAUUUAACUUCAUUUUGCCCUAUUUUGCCAGCAACCAAAGAAACAUUUUUUGCUUAUUUUGAAGAGGGUAUAAGUGCCUCAGAAGCAUUUCAUCUUCAUGAAACCCUGUUGAUGAAGGAUCCAGUAACUCUCAUGCUACUGGCUGAUCGGAGAAUGUGCCCUUCUCUGAGAGACAUUAACAAUUUACAUGACAAAUGGCUGGUUGAAAAGAAGGAUCCAUCCAAUGGAUCUGUAAUGUUUGAUCGCCUGGAAGAAAUUGUUGAUGACUAUAACAAGGACAAUGCAGAUAAGGGAGGCAAGUGUAACUUGCAAAGGGUUAACGGAAAUGGUCCAGAUAAACAAGAUCUCAUCUUAUCCAUAUGCACCCCUUUGAUGUCACGUGUACAUGAAACUAGGCAAGCUGGUGAGAUGGCCUUUAUGGACUCAUCAGGGAGCCUUGAUCGAUACAACAACCCUGUUUUCUUUAUGUGCACUCAUCAUCCGUGUGGAGCAUUACCUCUUGGAGUCUGGGUGACAUCAAGCCAAUCACAGCCAUGUCUUGAAAACUGUCUGGAAAAAUUGAAAUUCAUUCUGCCAAGUCAUGCUUUCGGUGGCAAAGAUCCCCAAAAAGGACCUGACAUUUUCAUGACAGAUGAUGACACUGGCCAGAGACAAGCUCUUAGAGUCCACUGGCAACAGGCAACACUCCUGCUGUGCAUUUUUCACUUUUUGCAAGCAACAUGGAGAUGGCUACUGGACUCCAAGCACUCCAUUUUAAAGGAUGACAAACAACACCUGAUGUCCAUAAUGCAGGACCUUGUGUUUGCCAAAACCCAACAAGAAUUUGAAGAGAUUGAGCAGAUUUUUCCAUCAUACACUGUAUUACAGAAAUAUUCCCCAUACAAAGAAUAUUUAAACAAGGCCAUAGGUAGAAGGAAGGAAUGGGCACUUUCUUACAGAGGAAAUCUGAGAACACGAGGCAAUAAUAUAGACAACUACACAGAGUCUAUGAUCUUUGUUUUUAAAUGUGUAGUUUUAAGAAGAAUGGGAGCUUACAACCUUAUUGAGUUAUUUAAAUUUAUCACAGAAGACUUAGAAAUGUACUUUCAAAGAAAACUUCUUUCCUUGACUUUUGGUAAACCAGAAAAUCUACACCUUGCAGCACGUUGUUUUGGGAGAUUAGCUAGCUCUGUUAGUCAAAGAACAAUAACCAUUGAUGAAAAAAAUCCAAGCAAAUUCCAUGUGCCCAGCUGGGAGGACAGCAACAUCAUAUACACUGUUGACUGUACAAUAGGAACCUGUACAUGCCCACAGGGAACAAGUGGAAAUGCCUGCCCCCACAAAGCAGCUGUGGCAUUGAAAUUUGGAAUAAGCAACAUAAACUUUGUUCCUCAAACAGCAAAGGAGAGAUUCAACCUUGCUAUUCUUGCUGUUGGGAAUAACAACAAUUUCAGUGUCACCCAGUUUGUAAGCCUUCACCAAAAAGAAAUUGAAAGCAGUCCUCACUUCUACAAAGACCAAGUCAAGGAUCAUGAUGAACAGCAAGUAAUAUUACCUUCAAUGCCUGCUGACUCACAAGAAAGUAUUGGCACAGAAACCAAUGACAACUGCAUCAGUUCACAAACAGAUGCCAAUUUGCCAGAUGCUGAGUUACCAGUUGACCAAAUAAUUAGGCUUCACCAACAAGUCUCCCAAGAUAUUCAGUACAAGCUUAGAACAAGUGAUACUAACUUCAGGUUCUGCUAUUAUAAAUACCUGACUUUGUAUAGGAGAAUCACUUCAAAGUGUAGGGGACAAGCGCCCAUUGCUUCACUUGCUACUGCCUAUGCACAGUUUGGAAAAGAUAGGGGUGGAAAUUAUUUGCCAGUCUUGCAUAACGACUCCAGAAUUAAAGUACAACCAACAGCUAUUUCCAGAAGGAAGUCUGGCAUAAAAUCUACAAGUGCACAACCAAGUGGUCGUCGUCCCAUGUUAUCAAACAGUAGCAAAGAUGCCAACAUCAAAGUUACAAAAACAUUCAACAGUCAAAAAAGAAAGAGAAAUCUUGCCCAUAACAUCAAGAAAAACUUACCUAAUGCUGGUCCUAAAAGAUAG